AGCCGCCACCCUCACACACACACAAUCGAGCAUUGAUAUUGACGACGACAUCGUCAUUCCGUUUAAAUUCCUCGAAAUUCUUUAUUUAUUUUUUGUUAAAUUGGCGCGUGCUGCAUUAUCCAGCGCAACGAGAGCAGCCGAUAUAGCAAGCCUGCAACUACAGCAAACAACACAAUAAAUAACUCCACAAACCAAGUGAAACAGAACCACAUCAAUGGCAGCUGGCACCACACUGCAGAAGGCCAUAGAUCUGGUGACGAAGGCCACCGAGGAGGAUCGCAACAAGAACUAUGCCGAGGCGCUGCGUCUCUACGAGCACGGUGUGGAAUACUUUCUGCACACCAUCAAAUAUGAGGCGCAGGGCGAGAAGGCCAAGGACUCGAUUCGAGCCAAAUGCCUACAGUACUUGGACCGGGCUGAGAAGCUCAAGGAGUACCUGAAAAAGGGCAAGAAGAAACCGAUCAAGGAGGGUGGCGAGAGCAGCUCCAAGGACGACAAGGACAAAAAGAGCGACAGCGACGACGAAGAUGGCGAUGACCCAGAGAAGAAGAAGCUGCAAAGUAAGCUGGAGGGCGCCAUCGUCAUUGAGAAGCCACACGUGCAGUGGUCCGAUGUGGCUGGACUCGACGCCGCCAAGGAGGCGCUCAAAGAGGCUGUCAUCUUGCCCAUUAAGUUUCCGCAGCUCUUCACCGGCAAGCGCAUACCCUGGAAGGGCAUCCUGCUCUUCGGACCUCCUGGCACGGGCAAAUCUUAUUUGGCCAAAGCAGUCGCCACCGAGGCGAAUCGUUCCACAUUCUUUUCCGUGUCCAGCUCCGAUCUGAUGUCCAAAUGGCUGGGCGAGUCCGAGAAGCUGGUGAAGAAUCUCUUCGAGCUGGCGCGCCAGCACAAGCCAUCGAUUAUAUUCAUCGACGAAAUUGACUCCAUGUGCUCCGCCCGUUCAGACAACGAGAACGACAGCGUGCGUCGCAUCAAGACCGAGUUUCUGGUCCAGAUGCAGGGCGUGGGCAAUGACACCGACGGCAUCCUCGUGCUCGGGGCCACCAAUAUACCCUGGGUGCUCGACUCGGCCAUUCGCAGGCGUUUCGAGAAGCGCAUCUACAUUCCGUUGCCGGAAGCGCAUGCCCGCCUCGUCAUGUUCAAAAUACACUUGGGCAAUACGACGCACGUGCUGACCGAGCAGGAUCUCAAGGAGCUGGCCGGCAAGACCGAGGGCUAUUCGGGCGCUGAUAUAUCGAUCGUAGUGCGCGAUGCGCUGAUGGAGCCGGUGCGCAAGGUCCAAACGGCCACACACUUCAAGCGGGUCUCCGGCCCGUGCCCCAGCAACAAGGAACAGAUCGUUGACGAUCUGCUGGUGCCCUGCUCGCCGGGCGAUCCGGGUGCCAUCGAAAUGAACUGGAUGGAUGUGCCCAGCGACAAGCUCUUCGAACCGCCCGUGACCAUGCGCGACAUGCUCAAGUCCUUGUCACGUACGAAACCCACUGUCAACGAGGAGGACUUGACAAAGCUGCGCAAAUUCACCGAAGACUUCGGUCAGGAGGGCUAAGCCGAUCCGCACGGAGAAUACGAAAAUCCAAGUCGCCAUCAUCAUUAACAGCUAAUUCUAAUUGUUGCCUAUUGCAUAAACACGCUGAACACCCGCUGGCUCAAUGGAUCCACACA